AUGCCGCCGUCGCACGCUUCUCCCCCCCAGGGGCCCCUCGCUGCUGAUCCGCAGCAAACUGCAGCAGCACCAACGGGGAGAUGGGCUCUUCAAGCCUUUGCUGCAGCAUUUGAGCAGCAAGCAGCAGCAGCUGCUGCUGCUGAUCCAGCUUCUGCUGCUGUUGGUUCUGCUGCUGACGUCGCUACGCAGGCCCGCGCUUUCCACGACGGGGCCCCUACCACACCCCACACCAGCAGCAGCAGCAGCAGCAGCAGCAGCAGCAGUUUGGGGUCUUGGUUGUCUUGUGCAGCACUUGCACUGCCGCCUCCUUGCUUCUCCAGUUGGCAGUGUAUAGAAGACAGAGCGCCCGAGCGGGCUGAUGAGUUGUGCUGCUUAGGGAGGAGAGAGGGUUUGCUGCUGAUUGAGUCGCUAGGUAUAGGUUUAAUGCAGCGGCCUCUGGGGCUGCUGCCUCCUUGGUUUGCUGCGCUGCCGCGCCUGCUGCUGCAGCAGGAAGUCGCUCUUGUGCUCAGCGUACACUUCAGUAGGCCUGUGCUUGAGGGUUUAACAGAGGUGUUGCUGCAGCAGCAAGCGGCAAGAAGAGCGCUGCUACAUAGAGGCAGCAACCCUUGGCUGCUGCAGCGUGCUGCUGCUGCUGCUGCUGCAGCAGCAGCUGCAGCAGCAACACCCCCAGCAACAACGCCGCCACCCGCAAAUCCUGCGGCUGCUGCUGCCCCCGCAGCAGCAACAUCACCAACAGGGGACCCUACAACAGCAGCAGCAGCAGGACCAGCAGCAGCAGCAGCACAUGGAGAAGAAGGAUCAGAUAGUGCAGCAACGUCAACAGCAGGAGCGGCAACAUCAUCAACAGUAGCAGCACACCAGCAGCAGCAGCAGCUGCUGCUGCCCCCUAGAAGGGUUCAUGGGAGCCUGUGGGGCCCUGACGCCCCUUAUGAGGCUACUGACCCGUCGUAUGAAGCAGCAGCAGCAGCAGCAGCAGGCGUUGCUGGUAGUGGUGCUGCUGCAGCAGGUGGGAAGGAAGCAACAGCAGCUGCUGCAGCUGCCAUAGAACGGAGGGCUAGGCGUUUGCUGCAGCAGCUGCGCGUGCGCCCGCCGCUAAGCCUGGAGGCCCCCAGGGCCUACGGGGGCCCUUGGGGGGCCCCUGCUGCUGCUGCUGCAGCGCAGCAGGAAGCACUCGAUCUGAUGGAGAUGCUGUGGAAGAAUAUGCAGCAACGGGGAGGUGCAGCACCAGCAGCAGCAAUGGCAGCAGCACGCGUUGCAGUUAGCGAAGCAGCAGUAAGUGCUGCACUCCGGUAUGGGUCCUUGCGAGAGUUGCUGUUGCUGCUGCUGCUGUGUCUUGCUGCAGUGCAGCAGCAGCAGCAACAACAGCAACAGCUCGACGACACGGCAGGGGAGAGUCCUGCCGAGUCGCCACCUUCAGUAGAAACAGCCGCAACUGCAGCCGCAGCAGCAGCACCAGCACCAGCAGGCGCAGCAGCAGCACCAGCAGCAGCAGCAGCAGAAGCCGCAGCGCAGGAAGACGAUGUCUCAACUGUUGCUGCUGAGGGAGCAGCCUGGGGUGAUGCUGCUCUAGAAGAACUGCAGAUGCUGUCGCUGCUGCAGGAGUUUUCGUGGUCUCUUCGGGUUAAUGAGGAAAACGCAGCAGCAGCUGCUGCUGCCGCAGCAGCAGCAGGUGCAGCAGCAAGGGGCCGCGCCUAUCUCGUUGUUACUGCCAAUCCCCGCGUGGUGACGUGGCGGCCCCACAGCCCCGAUCGUGAAGGGCUGGAAGGUGUAGAUCAGCAGCAGCAGCAAGCUGCAGCAGCAGCAGCGGCAGCAGCAGCGCCGGGCGCCGCGUCCGUUGCUGCUGCUGUUGCUGCUGCUGCGGGUGAACCUGCAGCAGCAGCACACGAAGGUGUUGCAGUUCUUGGCCGUGGCAGCGACUCGGGGGCCUCUUCAACAGAGGAGGAAGGAGAGAUGUUUCCUGAGGUGUCUAGACAGCCGAUGAGUGCUGCAGCAACAGCAGCAGCAGCUGCAGCAGCAGAAGCAGCAGGAGCAGGGGAGCCGGAAGAUGAAGGGGAGCCUGUGAUGCUUUUGUCUCCCUUCCCUGGUUCUAUGCACUCUGUGCGCUCUUUGCAGCAGCAGCAGCAGCAACUGCAGGCGCAGCAGCAGCAGCAACAGCUGCAGCAGCAGCAGCUGGAGCAGCAGCAAGACACCUAUAUCAUACCUGCAUGGACAGGCCUUAAAGCUGCUGUCGUCCCUCCAGGUGCUGUUUGCUGCGUGCGGCUGCUGCAGGAGCCGCAGCAGACACGUCUUAUAUACAUGGCAAUGCCUCGGGGGAGUGAUUGCGAGUGUAUAGACAGCUCAGCUCCUCCAGAAGAACGCCGGAGACACUGCAGCAGCAGCAGCAGCAGCAGCAACAGCAACAGCAGCGGUAGAGUGCAGGCGGCUCUAUGGAUGCCUGAUGGCCGUGGAUGGAGGCCCCCAAUGUCUCUUCAAGAUGAAGUGCUGAUGCUGACAGCAGAGGAGACACUGUCUUCUACAUACGUGCUGCUGCAGCAGGGGCCUCGCCCGCUGCAGCGGCUGCAGGAUCUGCUGCCUCCGCUGGUCCCUGCUGCUGCUGCUGGUGCUGCUGUUGCUGCAGCGGACGCUACGCACUGCAGCAUCCACCAGCAGCAAAGCGGCCACCAAAGCCACAGCAGCCCGCAUGCUGCAGCGGCUGCUGCUGCUGCUGCUGCCGCUGCUGCUGCCGUGCAGCUGGCUCCCAAUGCCGCGGAAGGUGCAGCAGCGAGAAGUGCUGCUGCGGUUGCUGCCAGCAGCAGCAGCAGCGCUGCAGAAGCAGCAGACGCUGGAGAUGCUGCAGCAGGAAGUGCCUGGGAAGGGGGGGAAGGAGCAUCGUCCGCAAGCAGCAGCAGCAGCAACGGCACCAGCAGCAGCAGCGUGCGUGACGAGUGGUUUGCUGCAGCAGAGACACGAGAGUGGGUGCGGGAAGGAGUGCAUGUCUGCCAGCUGCGGCUAUCGGAGACACUUACUGCAGCAGCAAAAGUAGAGGGGACAGACCCCCCACCGCAUCCGCUGCAUGCAUUUCAAUUAGGGGUGUCUCUUUGUGACGCACAGGGAUUUCUCUAUGCCUUUGAAGGGCCCCCAACAGCAGCAGCAGCAGGAGCAGCAAACCAGCAGCAGCAGCAGCAGCAGAUCUUGCGUCGUUGCGGCAGGCUUGAAGGGCCUCUUGUGGGGAGGCCUGGCUGCUGCGCUCUCAGCAGCAACGGAGACACUUGGUCGGGUCUCUUCCUUCACGGCCACCAACCUGCUGCUGCUGCUGCUGUUGCGGGCGACGUAACCAGCUGCAGCAGCAGCAGCAGCAGCAGCCCGGAGCGUACUCGACUGGUAUCCGAAGAGGAGGGGUCAUUCCCUUGUUGUAGCGAAGCAGCUGCUGCAGGCGAAGCAGCAGCAGCAGCAGAAGCAGGUGGAGGAGAAGGAGGAGGAGUUGCAGGCUCAGGCUCAGGAGCAGGAGCAGCAGCAGCAGCAGCAAGGAGCCGGUGGCGCUGCUGCAGCGGAGGAGACAAAACAGUGCUGCGCCUUGAACAAGCAUUAGCAUGUGGAGAGAUUGAAGGGGGAAGACGCACCUGGAGAUUUACUUUGCUGCUGGAUGCAGACAAAGGGACCCUUGUUGUCUUUGUGGGGGGCAGACGAGUUCACACCUGGCAGUGCCUGCCGCUGCUGGGGGGCCCUUUGCUGCUGGGUUUGCUGCAGAAGGAGACAGUUGGGUAUCGCUUUUGUGUCUCCUUGUCUUCUCCUGCUCAGUCUGCUGCUCUUGUCUUUCUGCCUUCAUUAGGUGGGAGAGAGUUGAGGCAGCUGGUGCGGCAGCAGCUGCAGCACCGCAGCACAGAGUUUCUCUUAGUUCGUAAUGCAGCAGCAGAACCAGCAGCACUUCUUGCUGUUGUUGCUGCUGCGCUGCUGCGUCUAGCCGAGGCUGCGCGCGCCACACUGCAGCAGCGGGAGGCUGCAGACUCCUUCCAGCAGCAGCACCAGCAGCAGCAGCAGCAGCAGCAGAGGAGACGCAGCGAUACAAGAGACACAGGAGACAACUCUGAUACAUUCCCCUUUGCUUCCAAGCCAGACAGUGCUGCUCUCUGGCUUGUUCACUCUGCAAUCGUCGUUUGCCUUCGUACGCUGCAGCAGCAGCAGCAUAUACGUUGGCUCCAGCAGCAGGAGCAGCGGCAGCAGCAGCAGCAGGGACAGGAACAGGAGCAGCAGCAGGAGCAGCAAGACAUGGAGCCACCCACGGGGGACACACGGUCUCCGCCUUGUUCUGCUGCAGCAGCAAAUAGAAAAGCUUGUGCUGCUGCUGCAGCAACUGAAAGUUGCUUGCUGUCAGCUACAGUAUCUUUGCUGCGUCUGUGGUCGUUGUUGCUGCCUUGUUGCGCAGCAGCAGCAGCGCAGCGUGUGCCGGGUAGCAGCUCUCGGGGCCCGUACACUGCGGCAGCAGCAGCAGCAGCAGCAUCACUUGACAGCAGGGUUUGUCUCCUUGACGAAUCGGUGUCUCCUCGCCUUAUCCUUGCAGAAGCAGAGACAGCUGCGCCGCUGCUGUCUCCUGUCCCUGCCUUUGCUGAGUGUCUCGCUCACGGCAGCUUGGGGAGUGCAGCCCUCUGCUGCAGCCACAGCAGCAGCAGCAGCACCUGCUGCUGCUGGACCAGCAACACCUGCAGCAGUAGCAGCAGCAGCAACAACAGUUGCUGCUGCUGCGGGUGUUCGUCUGGGCUGCUGCUGCAGCCCCGCCAACCAACAGCAAGCCACUGGAUGUCGCUGUUGAAAGCAGCAGCAAUUGAUGCUGCAUGCGGCACCCGAGUUGAGUGUUUGAGGCUGCUGGGGACAGCAGGUUUGCUGCCGUUCGCUGGCGGCUCUGUGGCAGGAGCAGCUCAAGCAGCAGCAGCAGCAGCAGCUGCAGCAGCGGCUGCUGCUGUUGGCGCCCCUCCUGCUGCUGCUGCUGCUGCUGCUGCUAUUGGAGGAAGGGCAGAUGGCCGGACUGGCAUGCUGCUGCUGCAGCGCCAAAGUGAUAUGGACAGCUUCCCCACCUUCUCCGGUGCUACGCGUGCUGCAGCAGAGGCCUUUGUAGAAACUUUGCCUCUAAUUCUGCGGUGUCUAGACACCUUGGGCUGGCUUGUAGCAGGGCCUCAAGCUGCAGCGGCCCUCGGCAUGCAUCUGCCGCAGCAGCAACAGCAGCAGCAGCAACAGCAGCAGCAGGAAGCAUUUUCUCACGCUGAAGCAGCUGCACUCGCUGGCGUCGCCUCAAAGGCGCUGCAUGCACUGUCGAGUUGUGAUGCUGCUGCUGUUGCUGCAGCACACUGCCCAGCGCCGCUACUGCUGCAGCUGCAGCAAUCACUGCUGCGGAUUGGCAGGCUUCCGGCUGCAGUGUCCCUUCGGAGAACCUUCCCAACCAGCAGCAGCAGCAGCAGCAGCAGCAGCAGGUCUUGUGUGAGGGGGGAGGUGCAGCAGCAGAAACAGCAGCAGCAGCAGCAGAAGCAUGCAGAGGCUGCUGCUGUUGAUGCCUCUACAUCGCAUCUCUCCUGCUUGGCGCUGAGGGCCUUGCGGCGGCUGCUGCUGCAGCAGUUUGCGGGAGUAAGGAGAGGGCUGCUGCAUGCAGUGGAGGAGACAAUCCUGGUGUGUCGGUGGCGCGGUGUACAUACAGCGAACAGCCGCGAGCAGCAGCAGCAGCAGCAACGGAGACGGAGGAGCAGCAGCAAAGCUGUAGCAGCAGCCCCGCUCGCACAGCCAGGGUCGGCGGCAGCAGCAGCCGCACAGGGAGUUGCAGCAGCAGCAGCAGCAGCAACAGAAGCAAGGCCGUUCGAGCCCUCCUUUGUUGUCUCCUCAGAUGGCAGCAGCGACGAAGGCCGGACGUCGCAGCCAAACGCCCCGAUUCAGAGCGCAGCAGCAACAGCAACAGCAGCAGCAGCAGCAGCAGGAGUAGAAGCAUCGGCAGCAGCAGCACCAGGUCCACAGGAAGCGUCUGCAUCAACUCCAGCACUAGGAGCUCAUACGGGGACAUUGGUGCCGGAAGUACGCAUAGAGCAGGAGCAGCAGCAGCAGCAGCAGCAGGCAGCAACCUCGCCUCCAGCAGCGGACAGCAGCAGCGUGGCAGGGAGCGUCUCCAGCUUGUCCCCCACAGAGAGCAGCCUCACAAUGAAAGUGCGGGACAGGCUGCAUUUGCUGGCUCAGUCAAUCACAUCUAUUUUUGCUGCGCUGCAGUGCAGCAGCAGCAGCAGCAGCAACGGCAGCAGCAGCAGCUGCAGCAGCAACGAGAUGUUCCGCGUGCCUCCAGAUGGGCAGGUGCAGCAGGUGGUUUCUGUCGUGCUGCUGCAGCUGCUGCUGCUGCUGCGGUUCAGGCGGCAUUCUCUUGUUGAUGCGCUGCAGCUGCUGCUGAAGCGGGCCCCCCCAUUGGGAUCGUGUGGGGUGCCUCGCCCUGAGUCUCCUCCCGUCAGGGUUGCUUUGCUGCUGCAGGAAGUAGAUGCCUUCUUCCUGCGCGUGCUGCCUCAGCUUAUGCUGCUGCAAGGAGAUCUGGCAGCAGCAGCAGCAAGAGCAGACAGUGCUGCUGCAGCAGGUGUUGCUGCACUCACCAACUCGGGCAAACAUGCGCACGCCCGCAUGGAGCUCUCCAACAGCAGCAGCAGCAGCAGCAACAGCAGCAACAACAACAACAGCAGCAGCAGCAGUGCAGCAGUUGGCGAGAGCAGCUGGGACGAGGGCUACACUCGCGAGUUCCGCGAGGAUGCUGCAGUGUAUAUACUGGAGACACCCCAUCCAACUGUCUCCUUUGAGCCUCAGCGCUUUGUGCUAGAUUUCACAACAAAGUGGGGGGCAACUGAGUUGCUGCAGGCCCCAGCAGCAGCAGCAGCAGCAGCAGCAGCAGGCAGCGGUGCUGCAUCUCAAGGUCGAAGCCGCCGUGGGACUGGGGGGAGCAGCGAGGUGGGGGGAGGCCCAGCAGCAGCAGCAACAACAACAAGCAGCAGCAGCAGCGCAGCAAGCUCGCUGCUGUCCUCCUCACGUCAGAGACCCUCUGCUGCACCUGCUGCAGCAUGGCUGCCUACUGAGGGGGGGGCUCCCCCGCCUGUCGCGCGCCGCCUCCGUGUGCAGAUCGACCCGAGGAGUUUUGCUGCAGCACAAAAGGGAGAAGUUAUCAUCAAGGUGCUAACAGCACAGGGCCCCAAGACUCACCGAGUGCGCGAGGGUACACCGACACGGUUGCGCUUUAAAGAUGUUAGAAAGCUAGAGAUGUAUGUGAGCCUUUGUGCUAAAGGAGGAGACUGGGGACUGCGUAUGGUGGUGGAGGCCACGCGUCGGCGUCUUUCAUUUGCUGCUGGAGGGCCUAGCCAGCUGCGUUUGCUUGCAGCAGAUGCUGUCUCUUCUUUGCUGCUGCACUUGUCUGAUGAUAUAAGCCCCUUAAGAUCUUGGGUAGGCCGAGGGGGCAGCACAAGAGAUACAGAGUCGCUGCAGCAGCUAGGGGGAGUAGAGUUUUUUGCUGCAUGCAGAGCUGUUAGUGCUUUGCUGCGGACGGGGCUGGCUCGCCUGCAGCCCCCGGAGCUCUGGUGCUGCUCCACAGCAGAAACCCCUUACUUCGCCACAACAACUGCUGCAGCAGCAACAUCUGCAACAGCAGCAGCAGCAGGAAGCACCCCACCCGUCGCUCGCCCCACGCCGUGCGUCUCCAUUCCCUGGUCAGCCAGUCGAGCCGCCUUGGCUGCAGCAGAUGCACAGCUGCUGUUGCAGCAGCAGCAGCAGGAGCAGCAGCAGGUGCAAGUCAGUGGGGUAUGGUGCGAUGCUGCUGCAGCUGGUGCAGCAGCAGGAGCAGCUGCUACUGCUGCUGGCGGGUGGGUGUGGGGCGAGGAGAGCGCAGGGUCUCUUCUUGCUGAGUUUAUUUGCCUAGGCAGCAUACGCAUGCGUCAGGUAGAAGCGAUUCUAUCUGAGCCGCUGCCGCAGCAACUCAAGCAGCAGCUUCCUGCUUUGCUGCCUGGGUCUUUCUUACGCAUGCAGUGGCUGGAGCGCGCUGUCUUUGCUGCGCAUUUGUGGGCGGUCCCUUGUCUUUAUGCUGUCUUCCAGAGCCUCCUCUGCUCCCUAGAACAGCAGCAACAGCAGCAGCAGCAGCAGCAGCAGCAGCGGAGGCGGCCGCGUUCGCUGCUGCUGGCUGCGCUGUGGCAUCAUGCGACACAGCAGGCGCGGCUGCACUUGCAUGCAAAGGCGCAGCAAACUGCAAACAUAUCUGGAGAUAACUCUACCCGAAAAAACCCUCAACUAUACUUCAGUGCAGGGAAGGCUGUAGAAGCUGCUACUAUUGCUGUCCGAGCAAUUGAGCUGCAGCGGCUGCCUUGCGAUCCUGUGGAGGGCUUUGUUGCUGCUGUUGCUGCAGCAGAAGACGCAGCACUCAACAGCAACAACAACACCAGCAGUAGCAGCAGCAAAGGGAACCACCUGACCCUGCGCCAGAUAUACUCAGGCCUUGUUGAACGCCUUAAAAGGCAUGCACCGCUGCAUGCAGCGCUGCGGCUGCUGCUGGGAGACGUCGAUCCCGCCUCCCUCCGCACUGUAUUGGAGUUGCUGCAGGGCUUGGGCUUGAGGGUGGGGGUAGCAGCAAGGGGUCUCGCCGUGCUGCUGCAGCAGCUGCAGCAGCAGCAAGUGCAGCAGCAGCGGAUGGUGGCGCCGGAUGGACACACCACCAGCAUCGCCGCCGCUGCCGCUAGCAGCAGCAGCAACAGCAUCAGCAGCAUCAGCAGCAGCAGCAGCUCGCAGUUAACUUGUCUUGCUGUUGAUUCUGUGUGGCGGCUGCUGCGGCAUCUACAGAGCGUCUCCAUGAUCUUCCUGGGGCCUCCCGGUGCUGCUGCAAUCCCCGCUCCCUUUGCUGCAGCAGAACUUCAUAGGUGUUUGGUGACGGACUACGAAGUUGUAUGCAGGCCGUUCUAUGCGUAUUUGUUUGAAGGGCGUCUUAGUGGCGGUGUUGCUUCUCCGCAGCAGCAGCAGCAGCAGCCGCAGCUGCUGCUGCAGCAGCAACUUCCUUGGGUUCCUCCUGUAGCGCAGCUGCUGCUGCAGGACCGCCGCAGCCGCUGCGGCGGCGUUUCUUCUGUUGCAGGCCUGGCUGCUCUUUGCGAAUCUCUUGCUGCUCAUCUGUGGGGUUGCGAUGCUGCUGCUGCAUUUCAACUGCUGCGCAGCGUAGGGAUAGAUGCCCAGGCUCUUGCUGCAGCAAACGCUGUCGUAGGCAGAGCUUGGCUCGUGCCUCACCUCCUGCAUCUUCUCUUGCUGCUGCUUCAAAGCAACGCGCAAAGGCAGCAGCAGCAGCAGCAGCAACACCUGCUGCAGAAGCAGCAGCAGGCGAAGCAUCCGCAGCUUGAACAGCAAGCACACUCCACUCGACCCAGCAGCAACGGCAGUCAAAGGCACGCGUCUACUGCAGACGCAGCAGCAGCUGCUGCGGCAGCAGCAGCAGCAGGUGCAGCAGCUGUUGCUGCUGAAGACCAGGCUGCUGUGAGUAGUUGCUGCGCGUCUGUUAUGCGCUCGGUGGGAGACGCGCUGCACCGGCUGCUGUCCUGGCAGGCUGCGUUAGUAGCUGAAGACGAACCAGCAGCAGCAGCAGCAGGACCAGCAGCAGCAGCAGCACCAGCAGCAGCAGCAGCAGCAGCAGCAGGACCAGCAGCAGCAGCAAGAGCGCCUCGAGCUUCCGGAGCUGACGGGGGCCGGCGUGCCAGCAGCAGCAGUAGCAGCAGCAGGCAUGCGGGUGUUUGCCCUAGUGAGGCGCUGGUAGACGCAGCAAUUGUCUUCCUGCCGGUUUCUUGCGAUGCACCGGCAGGAUCAGCAGCAACAGCAGCAGCAGCAGCAGCAGACCCGUGCAGCAGCAGCGCAUCGGGUCUGAUGGGGUGGCAACGAGCGACGCUUUGGGAGGAGAUCCCCAGCGCCCCACAGGGCUGCGCAGCAAUUGCCCUCAGCAAUAGAGGGGCUCGGUUGCUGCAGCAACACUUUACUCGGACGCAGCGGUUGCUGCUGCAAACAGCAAAGGGGCCUUGCUAUGUUGAAGUGUGGGUAAGGACGGUGGGUGCUGCGCUCGCCGAGCUGGCGGGCCAGGAGCAAACUGCAGCGAGCAGCAGCAGCAGCAGCAGCAACAGCAGCAGCAGCAGCAGAAACAAGCGCAGCUUUGUUGCUCUGGGUGUUGUCGAUACACCUGGAGCUGCAGAUGCUGCAGCAAGGCUGGCGCUGCCUCUAGAAGAUGCUUUUGCUGUUGCGCCUCCCGCUUUGCCAGGUGUAGACGAUAAGGAGGAUACAGGGCCAGCAGCAGCAGCAGCAGCAGCAACAGCAGGGGGAGCAGCAGCAGCAGCAGGCCGCGAAGAUCGAGCGAAGGACUUGCAUCGGAUUGAAGCUACAAUGCUAACAUCAGCAACAGCAGCAGGAGCAGCAACUGAGAAAAUAAUUUGCUUCGCCCAUAGAACACCAUCACCUUUAAGGGGAGUGCCGGUGCAGCCUUUGCUGCGGGUGUGGGGUCCAUCCCCAGAGACACUUGCUGCUGCUGCUGAGGCUGCUGCCUCUUGCCGCUGCAUGCAAACCAGGAUGGAAGCCUCGGAAUAUGGAGGAGAUAACGAGCAGCAGCAGCAGCAGCAGCAGCAGCAGGGGCCGUGCUACUGCCAAUGCGGGCGUAUGUUUUUCCUUGAAGGGAUUAAAGCGCCUUCAAGGUGUUGCCCUCCUGGGGUGCGAGUAGCUGCUGCGCUGCGUGUAGCUCCUGGUGCAGCAGCAGCAGCAGCCGCAGCAGCAUCCGGAGCAGGAGCAGCAACGGCAGCAGCAGGUAGGGUGGGAGGCAGCAGCAGCAGCAGCAGCAGCGGGCUGCUGGCCUUGCUUGGACUGUACGGGGAGUUGCAACAACCGAUGCCGCGGGUGCUGCAGGCGGCGCAGCGGCGCAGUCUUCGUGCUGCAGCUGCUUCUUUGUCUCCUCCCCUUCCUCUCUCUUCUGCUUCUGCUUCUUCUGCUGCUCCUCUGCCUGCUGCUGCUGCCUUCAGUGAAUUGCAUUUAGGGCUCCGCGCGCAGCUGCGGGUUGCCCGCGAAGCAGCAGAAGCGCUGCAGCUGCAGAAGCUGUGGCUGGAGGCAGCAGCAAGUUGCUGCGACCGCAUGUGGCUGGCCUUCAGGGCCUGCCUCGCUGCCUGCGGCUCUGCUGCUACAACUAGCCUUGGAGGGGAAGGUACAGCGAAGCAGCAGCGCGACUCGAGACACGCCCGCAGCAGCAGCAGCAGCAGCAGCAACAGCAACAACAGCAAGAGCUGUUGCUGCUGCAGCAGCAGCCAGGACAUUCUCCCGCCCAUGCAGGCUGCGCUUGAGGAAAUUAAGAGAGCCCUAGGCUGGGCUUUGCCCCAUCUUGAACACUCCCCUGACCAGCCGGGGUCAUCUGCAGCAGCAGCAGCAACAGCAGCCAAAGGAAUGCUUGCAGCCGCUGCUGCAGCAGCCGCUGGGGAGGUUGCAGCGCAAGCAGAGCAGCAGCAGCAGCAGCAGCAGCAAUCGGCGGCCCACUACAGCGCAUCGCAAUUCCUGCGUCUGCUUAGCGUAUCGCCAUCCACAGGUGCAGCAGCAGCAGCAGCAACAGCAGCAGCAGCAGCAGACGCAUCGUUUACGACAGUGCAUGCGGCAGCAGACCAAUACCUGCACAUGACACCCACGCUGCUGCAGCAGGAGUCUCCGGGGGUGGGGAUUGGUGCUGCUUUUUUAUCGGAUAUGAUGUGGCUUUGUGUUGUCUCUCCCGAGCAGCAGCAGCAGCAGCAGCGGCGACGGCGGCGACAGAAGGUACUUGGUUGGAAAGUGAAGAGACGGCCUUCGUUGUGUCUUGUUGCAGAGACAGUUGCGGUGUCUCUGGUGCAGCAGCUGCUGCGCUGGCUGCUGCAGCACGCGCAGCGGCGGCUCAUCAGCCUUUGGCUGCUGCAGCAGCAGCACGAAGAGCUGCUGCAGCGGCUGGUAGCGACGGCGUGCUGCGGGAGGCCCCUUCUGGGCCGUCUCUCUCUACGGCUUGUGCAUGCAGCAGUUAUUGCUGCUAGCAGCCCCUGCAGCAGCUGCGGCUUAUCCGCUGCUGCAGAAGCCCUCGAUAUUGCUGCUGCUGCAGCACCUCUGCUGCCGACCUCUCCUUGUUGGCAUAUGGCCUCCCUCACCGGCUUAGGAGUUCGCCAGGCGGAUAGCAACGCAGGAUUUGCUGCUGUUUCUGCUGCUGCUGCUGCUGCGUGCCAGCAGCAGCAGCAGCAGCCUGAUACUGACAGCUUGCAGCAUUUGUUUGUAGCGAAGUCUGCUGCAGCAGAUCGUCUGGGCGGCGGAUCACCAGCACCAUCCGCAGAAACAGCAGCGCCAGCAGCAGCAGCAGCAGCAGCUGCUGCUGCUGCUGCUGCAGCUAGGAGUUCUUUAGGGUUGCUGCGUCCUUGGGGUAGCUGCGUGUCUCUGCGUUAUGUUUUGCUGCGCUGCUCUAUCCCUUUGGAUAUCGAAGGCCCGAGUUGGUGGCGCAUAGAAAUUUCAAUGCCCACAGC